UAGUGUCUUCACGGGAAAUUAAUGGCUUAAAUAGAUUUUCCCUUCCGCAAAAAAAUUUAAUUCUGGCUAUUUAAAUUGUGUAAUGAAGAUAAUAAAUUAUAUAAUUACAUAGAAUAGAAUAUAUUUCAUAAACAUUCAUCAUGUCGUCUAGUCGCUCUAAAUCGUCUAUACUUGACAAGCCUCUGAGCAAGGGAAAAGGAGAGAUCUCACUUUCUAUUUACGCCCUCUUGUUUUCAGAAAUUGUACAAUAUUGCCAAAAUCGUUCGCAUUCCAUUCAUGAAUUGCAAAAUAAAUUGUCAGAUAUUGGUCAAGAUGUUGGUACAAGGCUAUUAGAUCUCUAUUUCGUCAGAGAAAGAAACAGCAAGAGAGAAAUCAAACUCCUAAACAUGUUGCUUUUUGUUAAAUCCACGCUAUGGAAGACCUUAUUUGGAAAAGAAGCUGAUAAGCUGGAACAUGCUAACGAUGAUGAAAGAACAUACUACAUCAUCGAAAAGGAUGCUUUGGUGAACAAAUUCAUAAGCGUGCCGAAAGACAAAGGCUCACUAAAUUGUGCGACUUUUAACGCGGGAAUCAUUGAGGCCGUGCUGACAAAAAGCGGAUUUCCUGCAAAAGUAACCGCUCAUUGGCACAAGGGUACCACAUACAUGGUCAAGUUUGAAGAUUCCGUCAUCGCCAGAGACAAAUCGCUCGAUGAUCGCUAAAUUGAUGUGUUAUAAAAAUUAAUUUAUUACUCUAUGGAAUUAACGCCUAGUUUACACGAGCUUAGCUGGUUUGAACGUGGCCAUUCAGUCUUUUCAAGACUGUUGGCUCUGUCUACCCCGCGCAACUGAUAUAGACGUGACCGUAUGUAUGUAUUAGCUGGUUUAAACGUAUAGUAAGAUCCUACCCCGUAGCAUGGCACGCGCGACGCCAUUUUUAACGCGCGAAAAUCUAUCACUGUUCCGUUUGUUCUAGCGGCAAGUCUGCCUACCAUACAUACAUACAUAAAAUCACGCCUCUUUCCCGGAGGGGUAGGCAGAGACUACCUCUUUCAACUAUCUCUGCAUACUUCCUUAUUACCUCCAAUUUAUUUAUUUAAAUUUAAUUGCAUACAAAAAUACUGCGGAGUUUCAAAUUACCCCUUUAUCGUUUAUGUGCCGAUGGGAGUCACUUUGUGUAAAAACCAAACACGCCCAAUUCCAGAACACGGUCAAUAGACGCACCCCGGUCUCUUCUUCAGAGAGAUGAGGAUGUUAUUGGGACUAAUUCUGUUAUGGAGAAGGAACUUGUCCCACGGGACUGCUGGGACAAGUCGUCCCAAUUGUCCCAUCAUGAAACAAUGGGACUAGGUUUGUUGAUAAAAGAGGAUAUUCUGAUGAUUAAGUGAAUGUAAAUUAGGCGUCACAGUACUGAUUUCUUUAGUUUUAAGCUUAAAAAUAAAAAUGUUUCUUUUA